GCUGUUCAGAACUGUUUCUUUCCAACUCAGCUUCCUAUGUCAGCUGCCCCGAAGACUUUGAUGAGAACCACAGCCAGCAUCUGCCCAGAAUUCACACUUGCUCCCCACCCACCACCCCCAGCAUGGUCCUGCAUAGGGCUUCUCACUCAGGUGUCCUUUCAGGCAGGUAUUCCCACACACGGGCAAAAUAGAUGGGUUUCCCAUCAAGGUGUUGAUUGACAUGAAAGUACUUCCCAGGAGAAUCUGGCCCUACUGAGGUUAAGUCCCCCAAAAUGUCCUCUUGGAGCCUGUGGGCCUGGGGUCUGCUCUCUUCACCUGAUAGCUACAGCUUUUGCAUACAACACCCCACUCAUUGCUGUGGAGCUGUGAGCCCAAGGGUGGAUGUUCAUAUAGAUGAGUGCGUUCCUGGGCUUGUGGGUCCCACAUCCUAACCUCUCCCCCAAGCUUGACCCCUGGCAGCCUCCUGCCAAACCACGUUCCUUUGUGGCUUUCUUGUCUUUCCUUCUUCCAGGCCCAUGUGGACCUCAGUGCUUUGGCCUGUGCCCAGAAGUGGCUGCAUUUCUUGGUCAAGGCAGGAAAGGAGACAGUGAAUGUAGUGGCUCGGAGCCUGAAUUCUCAGUCUAGGUGCCAAGUUCAAAUUCAGAAGCCCUGCCCGUUACUGAUGGCAUAACGUGGGGCAGCUCGUUUAGCCUUUCCUCCUCUUUAAAAUGGGAUAGUAAGGCCUCCCUGGUGGCGCAAGGGGUUAAGAUGCAGCACUAUGAAGCUAUCCGCAGGAUCCCCAGCCAGGGAGCUACCCACAUGGUGCAGCAGACCUCUCCUAUUUCACCCGCUGCUCCCCUCAGCAGUGUAUUUCAGUAGAUCUACCUGUUCUGUUCCCCACUCUGUCUCUGAUAAAUCCUUUCAUCCCCCACACCUCUGGCCUGUACCCCAGUUCUUGUAUGCAUAAUAAAAUAAAUCUUUAAAAAAUGAAUAACAAAUACAAUGGGAUAGUAAUCUGGGUAUCAAAGAGUGAUGUAAGUACUUAAAGGCUGUAACUAAUUUGAUGCUGGUUUAAGUCUUAAGCUCUGUAACUAGAUUGAUCCUAGGAGGUGUCUUUUCUUACUAGGCCCAUUUGAUGAUAAGGGUGUAGUGUCCACAUCAGAGGAGACAUGAAGAUAAAAGGAGAUAAUCCAUGCGAAGUCCAGAACAGCACCCGGUGCACUGCAACUGUCACCUCCCCUGUGAAAGUGAAGGGUGUAGGGCCCACAGAAGUCCAGUGCCUCAUGCUUAGAGAAGCCAGAUCUGCCUGUUCCCACCCCUCGUGGAGGCCUGAAGGAGAAGGCAUAAGGAAGCAGGAAGUCCCAUUCAAGUGUGCAGCUGUUGGGAUUUAUUCUCUUCACACCCCCAAGUGAUAGUUUUUAAAAUGAUCUUCCAACAGGAGGAAAUCCUGCCUUCACACCCAGAUUGUUGGGCCUGGAUCCCAAAGGGAGAUGAGGGUUUUCCUGAGGCAACCUGAAACCCUCCUGUGCCUGCGGGGUGGCCUCCUGGGCUGAGCAGCAGCUCUAAGGCAGGAGGCAGGCUCCUUGGGGAGGGAGCCCAUGGCAACCCUGCCCUGGAACUUCAGAGAAGCUAGCAGCUGGGAGCUCUUCUCCAAGGCACAAGCAGAUGUCGACAAGCUGGAAGAAACUCCAGCAAGUCUCCCCAGCCACCACUUUGUCAGGCUGAGCUGGUUACUGCUCCAGGCCCACCUCUGGCAGGCAGAGCGUGGGCCCUGCAGACAUGGCCUGAGGUCCCAGCUCUGCCCAGGCCUUCAGUGGGGCCGUGACCCCCCUCUCUCUGGCAGGCAUUUCUUCAGAGUAGAAGACAGUUGAAGGACAGAUGUUAGGCUGUUAUGGAUGUGGAUUCUGGGUCCACUCCAGCUGGAGAAAGCCACAUAACCCUUCUCAGUCUUGGAUUUCUCAAUAAUGCCUGCUGUGAAGCUGAAGGAAGCAAUGUUCCCGAAGUGAUCAGUAUAACAUCUGACAUGUGGAAAUGCUCCUGUCAGGGAUGAUUAUCAGUAAAAUGAGAACAUUGGUUCAGAGCAGUUUGUCAACCCUGCCUGCAUAUUCAGAUCAGUAGGAAAAGUCCUAAAAAGUACCAGCUGCCAAGGCCCACCCCUGAGCAAAUAGAUCAGAACCUAGGGUGAGGCCAAGGCACCACCCACCAGAGCUGCAGGGGGCGCCAGGGCUGAGGACCACUGGUCCGGGACAUAGCCUGGUUCCCUUCCCAACCUCACAGACUCUGACUUGACCUCUUCCCUGAGGGCUUCUUGGUUUUUCCCUCCAAGAGUGAAUACGGGCCCUCUUAGUUAAGGAGGAGACUCCCAGCACACGAUGGAGGCUCAUCUCAGGGGUCACUCCUUAGCUCCUGGUCCAUGCUGGCUUGGGAAGAGGCCCUGGGGACUCUCCCCCGGCCAGUCCCAAGCCAGCAGUUCUGGGCUCUCUCCUGGGAACAGACUCACACUGUUUGGGUUUAAAGCUGUUCUGAGCUCCUUCCAAAUGGCCUGGUUGUCCUCACAGGCUCUGCCCUUCAUUCUCUGGCUCAUAUGUGAUAUUGAUCUUGGCUUCUAAAGGGGGCUGUGGAGAAGGACAUGUGGCCUUGGACUCACUGCCCAGGAGGAGAGCCAGAGAGAACCUGCCACCUCAGGUCACAGCUGGUGCAGAGACGGGCCAAGAGUCCAGGAUGGGAUGGGAAUCCACUUCACACUGUGUCACAUAAGCACAGUUUUUUCAUUGAAUGACUGACUAACCAGGUAAAUUAAUAGGAAAGUGAGCAGACCGCAUGGAUUGGCCAUGCCUUCUGAGGGCAUGUCAGCUGCCCUCACAACCUCGAGUUGUGGGGUCUUCAAAACUUGGCCAUGCUUUGUUUCUGAGCUCAGAUAUUGUUGGGUUUUUUUUGAUGUUGUUGUUGUUGUUGUUUUGUUGUGUGUUUUUUGUUUUUCUUUGUCCUGGCUCAAGGAGGGAAAAAGAUAAGGACCAAAAAGGACAGAUUUGCUAUAUUAAGAUCAGUUGCAACCCCACCUCCUCCACGCAGUUAUUUGAGGUCUUAUCUGAGAGGGCAGCCUCUCUCCCUGCCAUGAAAGCCCAAGCUCCGGGCCUGCCCCUGUGUGACCCUCGUCUGCCCAUGGAGACAGGAGCCCUGCAUUGUGACUGUGCUCCCUUCUGCCAGGUACCUGCUGGAACAGGACUUCCCCGGCAUGAGGAUUGGGCCCGAGCCCACCACCGACUCCUUCAUCGCGGUGAUGCAGGGAGAGGUGGAGGGAAUUGUCCCUGGCAACGCCCUGGUGGUGGAUCCUAAGAAGCCCUUCCGGAAACUGAAUGCCUUUGGCAAUGCCUUCUUGAACAGGUUCGUGUGUGCCCAGCUGCCCAACCCCGUGCUGGAGAGCAUCAGUGUCAUCGACACGCCGGGCAUCCUCUCUGGGGAGAAGCAGAGGAUCAGCCGAGGUAAGCGCAGCACCUGCCAGAUUGGCUGUAGCUUCAUACUACUUUCCUUUCAGUGUGUUCUCUUGCUGCCAUAUCCCAGGGCCUUGCUUCCUUUGACAAGCCAGCACUGCCUCAUGCUGGGUUUCGGUCUGCUGCAGGAGACAGCUGGCCUCAGUCUUCUCACCUAUAAAAUGCAGACAUCAGUGUCUGCCUUUCUUCCUCAUUCACCAGCCAGACACUGCUUCUGAAGUCCCUGCAGUUCCCGGGGGGCUUGCUGUCCCCCAGGGAGCAAACUUCAGUUCUGUGUAUACUCCAGAGCAUACAAGAGCAGCUGGGUAUGUCAAAAGGCUUUGAAAACUGUUCACUGCAGACAGAGAAUAGGUAUUUGCUCAAGGGAGGUCCCAGCUGGUGGUUGGGAGAGAGAAUGCUGGAGCCUGACUGCCAGGGUUCUGUGCUGCCUCUGCGCCUUCCUAGCAGAGCGAACGCUGCAGCAUUCUUUGCUUUAGUUGGUUCAUCUGUAAAUAAGGAAAAAUAAUUCUACCUUCUUUAUGAGGUUGUUUGAGGACUGAAAGAAAUGGUAAAGGUAAAACACCUUCUUCCUAGCACAUAGCAAGUGCCCAGCAAACAUUAGUGUAAUCCACCAUCAUCCUCAUUUUUUUUUUUCUAGCACUGGAAUGCUAGACUGAUGCUAUAAAAACUAAAAACCUGCUUCUGCCCCUGCCCCAGCCCUAGCCCAGCCUGCUGUGUGCCCUGGGAAGCCUCCCUACCCUCUGUGCCAUGUGCUGUAUCACUGGCAAAAAAUGCAGAUGGAACCAUACCCGCCCCAAUACUGGAGCUGGGGUAGAGCCAAAUCAGCACUCAGAUGUCAGCCUCCAGGAAGAAAAGGCUUUAGACUGGCAAGGGUUCUCUGGCUAGUGGCUGGGACUGUCACCUGAAUGACCUUAGGUGCCUGCUUCCCUCCACAUGCUCCUCAGCCCCAGUGCUCCGUGGCCCAUGGGCUUCUGCUAUAUGGGUGGCGGGGGCGGGCAGAAAAAUCCUCCAUGAAGGGCAUGGCCUGCACAGAUUGGCAUCCAUUCACCCCCAAGCCCUGAGGGGAGCCCAAAGCCUCAUAGGCGAUAGGCCAGGGCUCCCAAGCGGGGUGCUGAGGGGCCCUGGGGCUGCAGGACUGGCCCAGGUGCAGGCCACUAGUGCCAGAAUUGGGCCUCUGUCCAGAACCCCUGCCAGCUGCCUUGGCUUCUCUGAGAAGAUUGCUUGUCUCUUGCAGAUAGCUCUCUCAUGAGGGCAAGCGGCAGGUGACAGAACAGACUGGGCUCUUUGGGGGCUGCUGGGGCUAGUAUAUGAGCCAGCCCUGGCUGGAGGUAGAGAGGAGGCGUGGCUGUGGGAGAGGCCCCCAGGUCAGCAGGCUGCUCAGGUCUGUCCUGCAGUCUGUUCUGAAGAGAAAACAGAACCUUCUCUUCCUGGGGUGAGCAGGGGUAUGUGGAUUUGAGCUGGAGGCUUCAGCAGGAAAGCCCUGACCCUUA